AUGGAUCUGCAUGUUAUGCUUCCGUGGGAACUAGAGGAAGAAAUACUCUCUCGUCUUCCACCUAAAUCUCUUGUUCGAUGCAGAGCCGUGUCUAAGAGAUGGAACUCUCUUUUCAACGACAAGAGUUUUAUCAACAAGCACUUGUGUCUCUCCCGUCCUCAGUUCAUCUUCAUGACCAAAUCAAAGAUUUAUUCAAUAGACAUCAUCGAUCAAAGUAUAGAUUUGCGUGAGCUACACUCUUCUUGCAGGGAUUUAAAUUCGGAAUAUGGAAACAUCAAUACUUGGGAUGAUCUCUUGUUCUGUGAAUAUCCAUUCGAUUCUAAGAAGGGGAUAGCGCUCUGGAAUCCAUGGUUGAGACAUGUUAACUGGAUCAAGUUGUCCGUGGACCGAGACUUCGAAGUUUUCGGUUUAGGAUACGACAAUAGUAGACCCCAAAAGGUUCACAAGAUUUUACUCUACUUAAGUUACUUCCCCCAACCCCAGAAAAUUGCGAUCUACGAGUGUGCCUCGCAAGCGUUGAGGUUUAUUGAUACACCUGGCGAUAACAUGCACAUAUCUGAAAUAGAUAAACGGUCACAUGUGUUGUCCUUGUCUGGAAAUUUGUAUUGGAUUUCUUACAACUACCUGACUGGUGAGUAUUUCAUCCGAAGCUUUGAUUUCACUAGGGAGAUUUUCAAACCCUUUUGUCUCUUUCCCUUUCAAGUUAAACAUAUUAAAAAUGAAGCUCUCCUUGCGGUUUGGAAAGGAGAUCGGCUUUCGUUGUUAAAGCAAUGCUAUUUACCAAGGAAUGAGAUUGAAAUUUGGGUAAUGGAGAAUAAAAUUGAUGUUAAAGAAGAAGUGGUGUGGAUCAACUUGAUGACCUUGACAGCAAGCAAUUUGCCAAAUUUGUCUGGGAUGAUUUAUCGUGUUAGUUACUUCAUCUAUGAUAAGACCCUAUUCAUGUGUUGUGACAAUGGGAGUAGAGAUCCUUACGUCCCUUGCAUCCCUUGCAUCUAUAUUGCGAAGGGAGACAUGUGCAAUAUGAUUCCGAUAGGUUCUGGCCAGGACGGUUGGUUUACUCACAGUGCCUAUGUUCCAAAUCUGAACUCGGUUCCUUUUACAAUUUCAGACUGA